UCUGUGUCUGUCUCUCUCUAAAUAGACACCCACAGUUAAAAUAGACCUCUCUCUUGUUUCUCUCUCUUCGGAAUAGGAAUCACAGAGAGAGAGAGAGAGAGAGAGAGAGUUUGGUAAAUGGUAAUUGGAAACGAGAUCUGAAUCUAAACCCACCUAAUAGUUUUCCUUUCUUUCUGUUUUUCUGUUUUUAAUUUCUCCUUUUGCCAAAACUCGGAGCUUUGGGGCCCUUUGUCAAAAAAAGGGUCUUGACCUUCACAAUCUCGCUCUUUCUCUCGGGUUCUCCGCUUGGGUUUCUUUCUAUUGCUGGUUUCUGGUUUUGAGGCUGCUUUUGGGGUGAACCAUGGCUAUUGAGGUUGAUGGGUUUGAGAUGGUCCAAGGACCAAUGGAGACUGUAACCGAAGGAGACACUACCAUUUUGCAUGAGAAGGAGAAUGGUAAAUUGGAUCAAGGGCCAGGGCUUAAUGAGCCAAUAAAAUUCGGUUCGCAUGGAGAUGAACCAAUUAAAGGGGAAGGAAAUAAUGUUUCUGUCGCCAACUUCCCGAAGGAUGCAGUUGAUGAGUGGCCUGCACCUAAGCAGAUCCAUUCUUUUUAUUUUGUCAGGUGUCGACCAUAUGAUGACCCGAAAAUAAAAGUUAAACUAGAUCAGGCUGAUAAAGAGAUUCAGAGGAAAAAUCAAGCCCGAUUUCAGAUCACUGAAGCACUAAAGGCAAAAAGGUCAGAUCGAGCAGAGUUGAUUUCUCAGAUUAGAGCUUUGAAAGACGACAACAGGCAGUUCAGGACUAUCUUUGAUGAGAAAAGAAAGGAGAUGGAACCUCUGCAACAGGCUCUUGGCAAGCUGCGCUAUUCAAACUCUGCUGGUCGUGGUAGUGGUAUAUGUUCAUCUGAGGAAGAGCUUAAUGAUCUGAUCCAGAGUUUCCAGUAUCGCAUACAACAUGAGAGCAUUCCGUUGUCCGAGGAAAAGCAAAUUAUUAGAGAAAUUAAACAACUUGAGGGGACAAGGGAAAAAGUUAUUGCUAAUGCUGCUAUGAGAGCAAAGAUCCAAGAUUCAUUGGGUCAGAAAGAAGCCAUUCAAGACCAAGUUAAACUCAUAGGCGGUGAUUUGGAUGGAGUAAGGAAGGAGAAACAAGCAGUUCAGGGCAAAAUUAAGCAACUUGAUGAAGCACUAAAGGCAAUUGACAAUGAGAUUAAUUCUUUAUCGGAGGAGCUGAAAGCUGUAACCCAAAAGAGGGACAAAGCUUAUGAAAGCAUUCAGCAACUCAGAAAACAGCGUGAUGAGGGGAAUGCCUACUUUUACCAAAGCCGUACGGUCUUGAAUAAAGCACGAGAGCUUGCUGCGAAGAAAGACAUCAAGGCUCUUGAGGAACUCUCGCAUACAGAGGUUGGAAAUUUUGUGUCCCACUGGAGCAGUGACAAGGCUUUUAGGGAUGAUUAUGAGAAAAGAAUUUUGCCAUCAUUAGAUAGUCGACAAUUGAGUAGGGAUGGGCGGAUGAGGAACCCAGACGAAAAGCCUUUGGUGGUAUUAGAAGAAACUACAUCUUCUGAAACAGAGACAGCGGCAAAAGCCAGUGUGAAACAAUUAAAGGAAGAUUCCAAAUCCCCUUCACAGGAUACUUUGCCCAUACAAAAGGCCCAGAAGGAAGCAAAAAAUGUAGCUACAGAUUCGAAAUCCUCCGUGGAGCAUAUUAAAGUAGAAGACAAGGAGAUCUCUGGGUUAGAAAAGCCGCAGAAGGACACUCCUGUGAAGGACAAUGAAGUUGAUGCAGCAAAAUUGAAGGAGAUGAAAAGAGAAGAAGAAAUUGCAAAAGCUAAACAGGCCAUGGAAAGGAAGAAGAAGUUGGCAGAGAAAGCAGCAGCCAAAGCAGCUAUAAGGGUUCAAAAGGAAGCUGAAAAGAAGCUCAAGGAGCGUGAAAAGAAAGCGAAGAAGAAGGCUUCAGCAUCUGGACCUGCUUCUGAUCCCGAAGAACCAGCAGAAGAAGUGUCAGAUGCUGCAGAACCAGAGAAGACUGAUGAAAGUGUUGAAGCUCCAGUUCCAGCAAAGGAGAGGGUUCAAAAGGGGAACACUAUCAAACACAGGAAUAGAUCAAAAGGCCCAGAUUCAGUCCCAAAAGUCAUCCUGAAAAGGAAGAAGUCAACUAACUACUGGGUAUGGGCUGCUCCUGCUGCUGUGCUGGUUCUGCUGUUUUUAGUGCUUGGAUACUACUAUCUUUUCUAAAUAGUGAGUUAGAAGAACUAAAUAGAAAGAGUCAUGGACCAGUUUUUCUGCUUAAGCGUGAGUGGCUAGGGUUGUAGUGUUAAAAUUAAGUUUAUUCCUGUUCGUUACAUCCUUUGAGGGGAUGGACUCAAAAUCAUAAUGUUGCUGGUAGCAGCUCAGUCACAGGGGAGAAGCUACAUACAUUUACUUUGACUGGAUGAAUUUUCAAAUUUUGACUUUUGAUCAAAUUUCAUUAAUGUUAUUUGGAUCCAUAAA